CUCCCUCCACCUCUUCCCACUAUCCUUUCAAUGACAUCCAAUUUCCAUGUAGUUAUUAUUGGGGCUUCCUUUGCGGAGGCUCCAGUCGCCCCAUACUCUCCUCAAAGACGUAGCCUCUGUUAAGGUUACAUUGAUUGGCUUAUCACCGACGUUCUACUUUGCCAUUACGGCCCCUCGACUCAUUGCAGAGCCUGAUGCCUUCAAGCCCGACAAAUAUCCUCUUCUAACUGAGGGGAAUCCCCCUCAUUAUCCCGACCAGUGCUUUGAAUUGAUGCACAACCACGCGACCGCAGUGGAUGUACAGUCUACGACAGUUCUAGUCAGCAAUAUCAAGGCUAUCUCCUUCGACUAUUUUGUGAUUUCCAGUGGGAGCACGACUGCGUCGACUAAUGGCGACAGUGGCACGCCCAUACCCUUCAAACAGCCAGUAAUCAGUGACAAGACUCAGUGAUUGGAGAAGCACAAGAUUACUCACUCGUGCUGAAGGGCAUUUUUGUUACAGGAGCUGACCCAAUCGGAUUUGAAUUAGCUGUAGAACUCUCAGAAGCCGUUCAACAAGGACAAAGAAAGUGAGCAUUGCCCUUGUUUCUCUCACAGAUCGCGUACUACCGAUACUGUAGCCCGCUGGCAGCAUUGUGGCGGAGUGACUGCUCAAAAGAAGAGGCGUCAUUGUUCUUAAAUGGUCUAAGGUACUGAGUUCAAGAUAGCGAUAGCAGGUUGUGGACUGUGACCAUAGAUAAUAGCAAGCAGGUCCCUGCCAAUGUCAAUAUUCCAACAACUGGUAUUCUCCCUAUGAUCAUGGUUGAAACAUUGUCAUCAAAGAACUCCGAGUUCAAGGGAAAGGGAGAAAAUUCUCAACGUCGUUACCGAUUUUGCGGCGGGAGUUAUUACCAACUAUCCCAUGAAGCUUGCUUAUAAAGCACACGAGCAAGCUUAUUCUGUUGCUGACAAUCCAAAAGCGGACACACUGGGGCCCUGGGAAAUAUAAGGUCUUUGAUGAAAGAG